AUGUCUGGCCAAUCGACCUCUUUGGCGUGCCCGAAUACAAUGUUCGAGUUGUUGGAAUACCAGAAACCGGCAAGAUCUCAAGCCGAGAUGGUAGCCGUUGUUGAUACUGGCAUCGAUUACACGCAUCCUGCCUUGGGCAACAAUUGUGUUGGCAAGGGCUGUCUCGUGGCAUUCGGCACCGAUCUCGUUGGCGACGCCUACAACUGGAUAAACACACCGACACGGAUCACACGUUGCUGUAUUGUCGCUGCUCAGCCAAAUCCCCAUGGGUUUACUGGCGCGGCCCCUGAUGUCACCCUUGGCGCCUACCAUGUAUUUGGAUGUGACGGCCUAGCCAGCAAUGACAUUCUCAUCUCCGCCUUUAAUAAAGCUUUGGAGCAUGGUGCCCAGAUUAUUAGCGCAUCCAUCGUCGGGACCCGCGGCUGGACUGAAGAGCCCUGGACCGUCGCCGUUUCUCGGAUUGUUGAACAAGGCGUCCCCUGCGCCAUCUCGGUCGGCAACGAUGACGAUCAUGGACUCUUCUACAUAAGCACUGCCGCCAACGGCAAGGAAGUCACUGCCGUCGCGUCUUACGACAACAUUCUCACGCCCUCUGUGCACUUCCAUGCCGGCUACAGCGUCGAUGGCGGCAGAGCGACAGACUUCCUCUAUGUCCCCAGACCGCCGGCCCUUCAAGGAUACACCGUUCUUGUCCGUCGUGUUAUCUGUCUCUUUGCAGACAAGGCCGUCAACCAGGCCGCCAAAGGAGCCAAGUACAUGAUUGUUUAUAACAACGUUGCAGGCGACUUUGCCCCAACGCUGGGCGACUCUGCGUCUCUCAUGAAAGGCUCUGGCAUGGUCACCCCUGAAAUCGGUGCUUCGUGGGUGAAUAGCCUCAAGGCCGGGUCCAACAUUGACUUUGUCAGCUUUUCCAAGUCCCAGGCUGUUACAAGGAGCUAUGCCGUCUUGUCUGGUACCUCCAUGUCAUGCCCUAUCACGGCUGCCAUUAUUGCCCUAGUUUCGCAAGUCAGAGGCACGCGCGAUCCUCAACUCAUCCUCAACCUUCUCUCUGCUACCGCCAAUCCUCAGCUAUCCAAUGACGGCAAGCAGUUCUACAGCAGAUUUGCUCCGGCUGCCCAACAAGGCGGCGGUAUGUCUUUCUUCAAUGACGCCGACCGUCGGAUUCGCGAGCUUAGUCUCACCAUCACCGAUACCGGCGAGGAGCCGGCAACGUAUCGACUCGGCCAAGUCUCAUCCCUGGCCAUGUACACACUGCAAAAAGCCUCGGUAUAUCCAAUGGCCUUCCCCAACGAGGCAGCGGACUCCUACGCCAGUCUCAAAUUCUUGCAGGACAGCGUGACCGUCGCCCCCGGCGAGCAUGUAGUGGUGGACGUCGUGGCCAUACCACCCAGCGGCCUUGAUGCUACCCGUCUCGCCCUCUGGUCCGGCUACAUCACAGUCAACGGAACAGACGUCUCGUCCCUCUCGAUGCCGUACCAAGGCCUCAGCAGCUCCCUGCGCAACUCUACAGUGCUUGCCUCGGACCAGUCCUGGAUUUUCCACUCCAACUACUCCAAGAACUACGUCAAGGCGCCCGACAACACCACGUUCCUGCUUCCUGCCGCCGCAAACGACGUCCUUCCAGCAGUCUACGUUGGCCUCGCACUCGGGUCGUCCCAGGCGAAAAUCGACGUCGUGCCCAUGACUACGUGUCCGCCCUAG